UAUACAGUGAGCAGUGGAAAGUGCAGAAGAGGCUUCAACAUGUACUGUCAUGUCACUCGGCCUGAUUCAGUGGUUAUGGAGGUGGUGGUUGAUCCUAGGGCGAAUGGAGAGGACUGUCUCAAUAAGGUGUGUGAGAGGCUGGGGAUCAUUGAAGUGGACUACUUUGGACUGCAGUUCACCGGGAGUAAAGGGGAGAGCCUUUGGUUGAAUCUAAGAAAUCGAAUCUCUCAGCAAGUGGACACCGUGUCGCCGUGCAGACUGAAGCUGCGUGUGAAGUUCUUCGUUGAGCCACAUUUCAUCCUGCAAGAACAAACGAGGCAUUUGUUCCUGCUGCAUGUGAAGGAGGAUCUUGUGCGAGGAAGCCUGAGCCUGGACUCAGAGCAGGUGGUGGAACUCUGUGCCCUUUUGUCCCAGGCAGAAUUCGGCGAUUACAAUCAGAACACAGCCAAGUAUUUCUAUACACAGAUCUGUGGACAGGAAUCAGACCUGCACACCAUGAACAGCAUCGUUGCGAGGCACAAAGAGAUCCGUGGCAUGAGUCAGGCUUCAGCAGUUUAUCAAGCCCUGCAGUUAGUGUCCUCUCUGGAGAACUACGGCGUGGAGUGGCACUGGGCACGGGAUGCUGAGGGGCAUGACGUGGGCAUCGGGGUGGGACCUGAGGGGCUGUUUAUCUGCAAGCAGGACUUCACACCUGUUAACAGGUGUGACACAGUGACCAGUACCGUGAUGAUGCAGUACAGUCGUGAUUUUAAGGCUCACCUGGCCUCGCUCUUCCUCAGUGAAAGUGUUGAUGUGGGGAAGAAGUAUAUCUUCGAUGUCCAGCGCACAUCCAAGGAGGCGUAUGACCGAGCUCGACGCACCCUGUUCAAGUCCUCGGCUCUCUCUCCAGCGAGGCAGAUGUCUACAGAGGAAGAGGAAGGCUCUUGUGAGGGCUGCAGGGGGACUCGGGCGCUACGGGACAAACUCCAGAGACUGCAGGAGGCUCUGACUUGUGCUCUGUGCUGUGACGGGGAAAUCAACACAACCUUCUGUCCGUGUGGUCACAUGGUGUGCUGUCAGAUCUGUGCUGCCCAGCUUCAGUGCUGUCCAGUGUGUCGCUCAGAGAUCGAUUGCGUUCAGCACGUCUACUUGCCCACUUGUGCCAGUCUGCUGAACCAUGUGGACAUGUGAGACCUGGACACAGAAGGUUAGAGAGGCAAUGACAAGACCAGGACACUCAUCAAUCAAGCCUUCUUGACCUCUUGUAACACGUGAGUGAUGUGUGGAGACGUGUCCUCAUGAAACCUGCUGCUCAUCACCAUGAUUAUGAGAAAUCAACCAACACACUGUUAUUUCUUAAUGUUACAUACAAUGCAAUUUUACUUCUUACUAAAAGUGAGCAUUUGUGUAUUUAUUUGUUCCUCUUAAAGCCUAAAUUUUGUCUGAUUAGUGCAGCAGGUUUUAAUUCUUUUUUAUUAGUUUUACACUCCAUGGCUAGCAAUCUUUAUGUAUUUUUAAAUAGUCUUAGAAGUAAAAAAUAAAAUAAAAUCAUGUAUUUAAAAAGCUUAUAUAUUUAAUGACCUUUUUAUUAAAGUCUUCAGUGUUGAGAGAUGUUUGUGUAUUUGCUGCCAUCAUACAGGAUUUUUAAGGCCUCUAAAAAGGCUGUUUAAAGGUCUGUCAGUCAGUGAGGCAGUGAAUAGACCUGCUUUCCUUUCAGCUCACUGCCAUGUUUAUCAUCAUGUUAUGUGCUGUAGUGAACCUGACUUUAAUGCAUUUACAAAAAGUUUUGUUUUUGGUGACUGAUAUUAAGUAUUUUCUAUAUUGAUGAUAUUUAGUUUUUUUUGUCAUUUGAUUUGUAUUUCCUUUAUUUUCAUUUUCUACUUGGACACUACACCACAAAUUCUGUGUAUAAUGUCGUGCAGGUAGUUUUUUUUAUGCCAAAUGUAUACUCUUAUGUGUAGCAUAUUUACUUUAAACAAUUUCUUUAUGAUUUGAUGAGUUGAUUAUCAGAAGUGUUAACAGAUUAUUAACACAGCGCUGCUCUACAAAGCUUUACAUUUUACUGAUACUGAUUUAUUGUGAGAGUGGUGUCUCCUGCCUUGUCUCCUGGGAUAGACUUCAGGUUCCCGGAGACCCAGUAGAAGAAGAGAUGGAUGGAUGAAGAGAGGAGAAGAAGAGAGGAUGGAUGGAUGGGUGGAUGGAUGGAUGGAUAACACUGUUUUUAAAGAUUCCUAAAGAAUCAACAUAGUUCUCAGGCAUUCUUUUAUUGUGUUCAGUUUUUAUUUCAUUAUAUAUAUAUAUUAAUGUGUAUCACAUUUAUACUUUUUAUAAACACAUUUAUUUUGUUAAAUAGGGAAUAAUAAAUAGCAUUUUUUCACACACGGUUCCUCGUUAAAUUUUUCAGUUUUCUUCAUUUGUAUUUUCAUGACAUAACCUGGAGACUGGAGCUGGAAACAUCACAUGGUCCAGAUAAGUCUAGUCCUUCUUUAGGUUAAUUUGCAUGCCAGAACUACAAAUCUAAUCUAAUUUAUUCAUCUGCUGGUUACAAUGAUAAUGCCACAUCUAGCCUACGAACAUUCAAGCACUCGAACCUGAGAUAUCACGCUAAUGAGAAUCUUGAACGAAGGCAUUUACACACUGAUGGAUGUACAGACGGAUGGAUUAAGUCGAAUCCUAAACAGUGGUCUUGUGUUCGUGCUUUGUAUUGCAGGAAGUUAAGAAAUUCGGUUUUAUUUGUAUAGCACUUCUAACAGUGGACGUUGUCAAAAAGCAGCUUAGGAAAAUGUAUAAAUUCAGGAUAUAAAUGAUUCAUUUUAAAUAUAUCCGAAACAUUUGACCUUACAGUGACCUUGGCCCUGUUUGGAUCAAUUCCACAAUCUACUCAGUUCAUCUGCAAGUUGCAAUGAUAGACAGACAGCCUGAGAAUAUUAUCUCCCCCACACAGGGGCUGAGGCAUUAAAACGAAAUAAGCUGUAUAUAGAAGUGUAUAUAGAGGAUUAUAUCUCAGUUUAAGUCUCAUCACUUAGAGGACUCUGAGGACGGUCCUGUGUCCUCAUGAACAACCUGGAGAUACUGUACAUGAGAUUGCUGUGGACAGGAACAUGUAGAAACCAUGGAUGCUUUGAACUGCUGCUGCCUCGCUGGGUUUUGCGCUCAAGACUCCAUUACUGAAUAUUUGAUGUCUUCAGCAGAAAGGAAUUUAUGUUGAUUCUAUAAUGAAUUCAGAAAUUAUGCUGAUGCUCACAGGUAUAAGCUCCUGGUUACGCAGUUGCACUUGACUGUACAGUGUAGAGUUAAACAAGCCAAAUGAUUUAUAAUCACACUCUCUGAUGUCACCCAGAUGAGGACGGCUUCCCUUUGGAGUCUGCUUCUUCUCAAGGUUUUUUCCCCCCAUAUCAUUUAUGGGAAU